GUUUCCGGUGCAUUUCCAAUAUUUUCAGACGACACGAAAAUGCUGCAUGUUGAUUAUCUUGGUUUGAUUGACGGGAACAAAGUCGGCAUAUACACUGAUAUGAUCGACAAAGAGCUGACCGCAUCACUAGCUGCUAGCAUGGUACAUGUAUAAAUGAAACGCCAAGAAGCACAGUCAUACCCUGAGAGUUGGUAUUGUCCACAACCCCCGCAGUCCCAGUACCAAGUUGUAUGAAGGCAGCCAGAUUCCACUGGCCAUCCACACAGUACUGGGAACUCGGGUCCCACACACUGCCAGGAGCUUUGUCACCUAUCUGCUGAAAGAGGACAACAUACAUGCCAUACUGGAAGGGACAAAGUCACUCAGUGACUUGGAAGUUCGUGGUUAUUUCCAACUGAAAGCUAAGCCAGGGGCUUGGAUGUUACAACUUUGACAUGAACGUUCAGAGGAAAUCUACAAGAUAGCAAGCCAUGAGAGGACAGACUCUCCACCAGAUUCACCUAACAUUACUAUUGUCAUGAACAGUUUCCUCAGUAAAAUCAUCAAAGUCAAGGUAAGCAAGAAGCCAGGGCAGGGGUCAGAUGAUUUGUUGGGAGGAGUAGGAGACAAGAGGAGGGGUUAUGAGAUUCUUUAUCCAGUUCCCUCUCAGGCCCUAGUGAAGAGGGGAAUCGAGUGAAGAAAGUGAAUAUAUUUUCAGUGGCAUCAGGACACCUUUAUUAGAGAUUCCUCAGGUAGAAGUGCUGUCACCUUCACACUUGAUGUAGAAAAAAUUAUAAUUGUUGAUGCUGAUCAGGUGCAGAUAUUCAGGAGUUAUAUGACCUUGACCUUGGUGGUGCACCUUACGGCAACACUCCAUUCUGUGGUAGCAGGAAAGAGAUGGAUGGGUUCAGGUUCUGGAAGUCUGGUUACUGGGCAAGUCCUCUUGCUGGCAGGAAGUACCACAUUAGGUUGUGGUGUGAGACUUGGUGCAGUGAUGACAAGAAGUCAAGAGCCAAAACUAUUGAUUUGUGUAAUAACCCGCAGACCAAAGAACAUAAGCUGAAUGAAGCUAAGAGAAUAGUAGCUGAGUGGGAAGAAUAUGACAAUGAAGCAAGGAGGAUAUUUGAAAACUUUACCAGAAAUAAACCCACACUAAGUUCACUAAGUGCUGACCACAGUGAAGCACAAGAAACCAGUACACAACCAAGAGAUGAGCUGUGAUACUAGCCUGUCACUAGUUAAGCUC